AGAGAAAACACUCAUUUGUGUUACUGGACAUUUGACUAAAACAUUACUGAGAUAUAAUUUUAUCAAGAUAUAAUUCCCUGUGUGACAACUAGCCCCGGUCUCCUUUUAUAUUUUGAGAAUUAUUAAAGAAUUGCUGGAAAUAAAAUUCUGUUACAAUCUCAAAAUCUGCAUUUUAACAGUACAUGAUGAGUAAUUGAAUAGGGCACUUCAUAAGUACACCAUAAAAAUGAUGACAAACGCAAGAAAAUUGAUUCAUUGAUAUCAAUUAUAGGUUAAUAGAAAUUGUGUAAUUACACAAGCAACUAAAAUGCCAGCUAAAAUAAUUUCUCCCAAAAGAUUUUCCCUCUUUAGGUAGUCAAAACAUCACUAAAAUAUGAUGCCACUGAAUUUGCUCCUUGGUUCCAAAGAUUAAAAAAGCAUUUGUAAAUUUGUAAAAACAUUUAUGUUAAUUAUUUAUGCACCUUCUACUGUUUAUUUAAAUUCAUUACUCUUUGUUUAUUUUAAUUUUAAUUUUAUCUAGAGUGUUAUAAUAUUAUUGUGUGCUGAAUAACAUAGAAAUAUAUAUUAUGAAUAGUAAUGAUGCGGUGUCCAAUCAUCGCGCACAUUACGUAGUUAAUAUUCAUGAGCUCCGCCUCCGCGUACCCAAACAGAGAAGCGUGUCUCGCGAGCUCGCUGCUACACUGUUGUCACUCUCCGUUCGGCUGAAGAAAGAAACUCCUACAGGUUUGGAACAACUUGAGGGAAGGAUGGAUUUUAUCUUUAUCUCAAGCAUCAUUCUAACCCUGAUCUUUCCAGUGCAUUGUGGGAAGAUCCUGGUGUUUCCUCAUGAAGGCAGUCACUGGCUUAACAUAAAUGUUCUGAUCCAGGAGCUUCACUCCAGAGGCCAUCAGAUCACCGUGAUCCGGGCCCUCGACAGCUGGUACAUCUCAGAGACGUCGCCCCACUACGUCUCAAUGACCGUCCCGUUUUCACUGGGUGGAGACGAUGAGUUUUACCGCAGUUUGGUUUCUAGACAACUGCAGAUCAAACGGCAGCGGCAACCGGCGUGGACCAGAUUCAGAUUGGACAUGGACCUCAAGGACAGGUUUUCCGAAAUGCACAAGAAGAUUUGCGAAAUGGUGAUCUUUAUAAUCGAGAACGAUCCUGUGCUGUUAGAACAGAUCAAACAAGCCAACUUUGACUUGAUGUUGACCGAUCCCGCAAACGGAGGAGGUGUUGUUCUCGCACACUAUCUGAAUCUACCCCUCGUCUUUAACGUCCGAUGGACUAUUCAUGGAGAAGCUCAUUUCCAAAUAGCCCCGUCUCCAUUGUCGUACGUUCCGUUCUCGCUUUCUCAGCUGACCGACAAGAUGACUUUCCUUCAGAGAACGUAUAACAUGCUGUUUUACACCCUUCGGAGUUUCCUUUACAAGCGUACCGUUGGUCCUCAUUACAGCGCUUUGUGCAGCCGAUAUUUCGGCCCUGAUUUGGACUAUUUUGAAUUAUUUCAAGCAGCUGAUAUUUGGCUCAUGACGGUGGAUUUUGUCUUUGAAUUUCCUCGCCCAACCAUGCCAAAUGUCAUUUACAUUGGUGGUUUCCAGUGCAAACCUGCAAAAGAUCUUCCGGGUGAUCUGGAGGACUUCGUACAAAGCUCUGGAGAGCACGGCGUCAUUAUUAUGUCUUUAGGAACAUUAGUUGGGCAGCUUCCUCUUGACAUAGCCGAUGAAAUAGCCGCUGCGUUCGCUCAGCUUCCCCAAAAAGUGAUUUGGAGAUACACCGGAGAGCGUCCGUCGACUGUGGGCAACAACACUUUACUGGUUAACUGGUUACCGCAGAAUGAUCUCCUAGGACAUGCAAAGACCAAGGUUUUUGUGUCUCAUGGAGGAAUUAAUGGUGUUUUUGAAGCCAUUUACCAUGGCGUUCCAAUAGUCGGGUUGCCGCUUGUUUUCGAUCAGGAUGAUAACAUUUCCAAAAUGAGACAUAAAGGUGUAGCUAAGGUUGUGGACAUAGCCACCAUAGAUAGAAGUAUAUUUAAAGAUGCCUUACAGGAAGUGAUUAAUGAGCCGUCCUACAGAACAAACAUGCAGAAGCUGUCCAGAAUCCACAGAGACACGCCAUUAAAACCAUUAGACAGCGCCAUCUUCUGGAUCGAGUUUGUCAUGAGACACAGAGGCGCUGCUCACCUGCGCACCGACUCGUAUAAAAUGCCCUGGUACUCGUAUUAUAGUGUUGAUGUCGUAGCGUUCUUAGUGUCGAUUGUGUCUUUUAUAGUUUUUAUUAUAUUUAAGGUGAUCAGAUGUUUAUGUUGCAGGUUAUGUGCAAAAAGAAAACGAGCAAAACAAGAUUAAGUUUGAGGGUGUCUUUAAAGGUUGUGGAAACACUGAAGUGAUACUGAGUUUGGGUAACUUCUAUGUAUCAUUUUUUUUUUUUUUUUUAUAUCAAUUUAACACAUCAUUGCUGAAAAAAAUAUUAAUUUCUUUCAAUAAAAAGAAAGAAAAAUAUUUUACAGACCCCAGACUUUUGAAUGGUAGUGUAUAUUGUUACAAAAGAUUUCUAUUUUGAAUUAAUGCUGUUCUUUUUUAACUUUUUUUUUUUUUUUUAUUCAUCAAAGAAUCCUGAAAAAGUAUCACAGGUUAUAAAAAAUAUUAAGCAGCACAACUGUUAUAUACAUAAAUAAAUCAUCAUAUUAGAAUGAUUUCUGAAGGAUCAUGUGACACUGAAGACUGGAGUAAUGAUGCUGAAAAUUCAGCUUUGAUCACAGGAAUAAAUUACACUUUACUAUAUAUUCACAUAGAAAACAGCUGUUUUAAAUUGUAAUAAUAUUUUGUGAUUUUUACUGUAUUUUCAAUCAAAUAAAUUCAGCUUUCAUCACAGGAAUAAAUUACAUUUUACAAUAAAUUCACAUAGAAAACAGAUAUUUUAUAUUGUAAUAAUAUUUUACAUUUUUACUGCAAGUUUUGAUCAAAUAAAUACAGACUUUGUGAGCAGAAGAAAAUCUUUCAAAAACAUUAAAUAAUAUGAAUUAUUCCAAACCUUUGAAUAACAGUGUAUAACAGUUUUGUAUAUAAGUGCUUUUCUCUCCAUUUUUGUUUUUUGGGCUGUUUAUGUGGUUUUACUGAUUAUGAGUAUAUCGACAUUUUUAAUUUAAUAAUGAAAUAAAAACCUUUUUAAUUUCAGUUAGUGUAACAGAGAUUUACCAUGUAGUGACCAUGUGAAUUUUGAUUAAAUGUUGUGUCAACCUGAAA